GACCCGAACUUCCCAUCACUAGUACGCAUGAUGCUGCCUGAUAUAGCUCUGUUUCAUAACUACUUAAACGAAACCUAACUCGGAAACGGAAACCUAUUGUCAGCUGGGUUGCUAUUUCCAAGGUUUGCACCUGCAGUUAUCGAGAAAGAACGGACUACACGGAAGACCCAACAAUCGGUUUUAGUCCUUUUUAAACACUGUCGUGAGUAGACCAGAUAUCAUCACCAUGAGCUCUCUGAACCAGCAGUAUGAGGAGAAGGUGCGUCCCUGCAUCGACCUCAUCGACUCUCUUCGCUCCCUGGGUGUAGAGAAGGACUUGGCGCUGCCGGCUAUCGCCGUGAUCGGGGACCAAAGUUCUGGGAAGAGCUCGGUGUUGGAGGCGCUUUCAGGGGUGGCACUGCCGAGAGGGAGCGGCAUUGUAACAAGAUGUCCUCUUGAACUGAAGAUGAAGAAAAUACCAGAAGGAGAGCAAUGGCAUGGAGAGAUCAGCUACCGGGACUUUAAGGAAAAGAUAGAAGGCCCUGCAGAUGUGGAGGAAAAGAUUAGAGAAGCUCAGAACCAAAUAGCAGGGGUAGGAGUGGGAAUCAGUGAACAUCUCAUCAGUCUGGAAAUCGCCUCUCCUGAUGUUCCAGACCUGACGCUCAUUGAUCUGCCUGGCAUCACUAGGGUGGCUGUAAAGGGACAACCUGAAAACAUUGGAGAGCAGAUCAAGAGGCUGAUCCAGAAGUUUAUCAAUAAACAAGAAACCAUCAGUUUGGUGGUUGUUCCUUGUAACGUGGACAUAGCAACCACAGAGGCCCUGAAGAUGGCUCAGGAGGUGGACUGUGAUGGAGAGAGGACUCUGGGUAUCUUGACUAAGCCUGAUCUGGUGGACAAAGGCACUGAACAGACGGUGUUGGACAUUGUCCAUAAUGAAGUGAUCCACCUGAAGAAGGGCUACAUGAUCGUCAGGUGCAGGGGUCAGAAGGACAUCACAGACAAAGUGUCUCUUACUGAAGCAAUAGAGAAAGAGAAAGAGUUUUUCCAAGAACAUUUGCAUUUCCAGAUUCUCUUUGAUGAAGGCCAUGCCACUGUUCCGAAACUGGCAGAAAAACUAACCCUUGAGCUGGUGCAUCAUAUCCAGAGAUCUCUGCCACAACUGGAAAUGCAGAUUGAAAAAAAACUAAGGAAAACUCAGGCAGAGCUGGAUAGGUACGGCAACGGACCCCCAUCUGAUGUAAAUGAGAGACUGAGCUUCCUCAUCGAUAUAGUGACUGCGUUUUCACAGGAUGCUAUCAGCCUCACCACGGGAGAGGAACUCAGAGGAGGAUCCAGGAUCAACAUUUUUUCUGCUUUAAGAAAAACGUUUGCGGCAUGGAAAGAGAUCAUAGACUGCUCAGAAUUUAACUUCAACUGGAAUAUUGAAAGAGAGGUGGCCAGUUAUGAAGCAAAGUACCGGGGAAGAGAGCUGCCGGGUUUCAUCAACUACAAGACCUUUGAGGCCAUGGUGAAGGAGCAGAUCAAACAGCUGGAAGAGCCUUCAGUGCAGAAACUCAAAGAAGUGUCAGAAUUUGUGAAAAAGGAGCUGCAAAAGUUAGCAGAGAACAGCCUUGUUGGAUUUCCUCUUCUCGUCAAUAUAGCUAAGGUGAAGAUUGAAUCCAUCAGAAAGGAGAAGGAGGCUGAAGCAGAGGCCAUGCUGAGGACCCAGUUUAAGAUGGAGUCAGUUGUUUACACUCAGGACACCACAUACAGCAAGAAGCUCGGGAAGAGGAAGAGGGAAGAAGUACAGGCCGUCUGUACAACUGAGCGUGGGGCCACCCUGAAAGAGAUGACCAAACACCUUAAAUCCUACUAUCAAAUUGCCGGCCGGCGUCUGGCUGAUCAGAUCCCUCUGGUGAUCCACUACCAGAUGCUGCAGCAGUCAGCCAUCCAGCUCCAGAGGGAGAUGCUGCUGAUGCUUCAGGACAAGGAGAAUAUUGAGUGCCUGCUUCAAGAAGACGGGCGAAUAAAAACAGAGAGAAUCCAACUUCAGAAGCGCCUUGAGCGCCUGACAAAGGCUCGUGUUCUGCUGACCAAUUUUAGUAUGAACAUAUACAACUUCAAAACAACACCCAAGAUACAACAAGAUGAUGCCAUAAAUGGCAGUGACAUCGCUCCAAUGAUCCUCUACAAACAGGGAGGUUCUGGGGAAGCAGGGGAUGGCUCCUUCAAAGACAGAAAAUCAGGAAGGCGUCAGGCCCCGGCAGGGUUCAGAAUCAAGUCCUCAAGAGCUGAUUCCCAUCCACACUAAGAUAUGCAGCUAAACACCUGAGCUCUCCCAUUUGCUUCAUGCAGCACAUAAUCAUCUCAUCGCUAAAGAAAUAUCAGCCAUUCUUCAGCUUAGGUGUUUUAUUUAGUAUGUUUAUGUCUAUUUACCCUUUAGCAUAUUUAGAAUAACAAAACAAUUAGGGCAUUUUCUUGUACUGAUACUUGGCCUAUGACACAAUUCCAGGUUCUAUACUGAUGUCUUAUGAUGUUUUAAUGCUGAAUGUUUUUAUUAUCUGUAAGAUGACCUUGGGUGAGUACACACAAGGGUUUAACUAUAGAAGUUCUGUUAUUCACAGUCUUUGAUUUCUUUUCUUUAAAGUAUUACUCUUGUUAUUAUUAUUUAUACAUUUUAUUUCAAGUAAAUUUGUGUAGUCCUGUAGCUAUAUUUGUUUUAAUAUCCAUAUCUGGUUACAUUUAAAUGGAACAUUAAGCAUUUUUUCUGAAUAAUUCCAAAGUCUUACUCUGUAUUUUAAGUUUUCAUUUUGUAUUCUUAUGUCAUAGAUAGCACAGAGCAUACACAAUCUGGAUUAGGAUCUAUAUUUGUGCUUUUGAAUCCUUUGGCUGCUUCUUAGUCAAUCUUGGCACUUUGAGGCAAACACUGUAGUUACCACAAAUUAAGUUUUACUUCAUUCACUACUUUGACACGGGCCUUUAGUCUCCUUGCUAACAGCUACAGUGUGCCUGUCUGUUAGUCAGCCCCCAACAAUGAAAAGCUUGCAACCUUAAUAUCUUAAAAAGAAAAGAGUUCUCUCUCCACUGUGUGUGCAGAUAGAGAAAUAAGCUAAUCAGACCAAACUCGGGGCGGGGGGUUCUGGAGCCAGCCUCUCAAAGCACUGCUGUUUCUGGCGCUUCCACUUUGGAUCAUUUCUCAAGAUUGGAGGUUGCCACUCUGUGUUUUCAUUCUUGAUAAAACAAAUUUGAAAAAGUAAAUUAUGUCAUUACUUUGGCUUAGUUGCAUUUGUUAGCUGUUUACAGGUGCACAUAUUAAAUCUAACAUUUAAUCAAUUUGUCAUUAUGGACUGUAAUUUAUGAAUAACCUUUCUUGGGCAAUAAAACUAGAAACUUCUC